AUGACGACAAGACAGAGACAAAAGAUACAAGAUAUCAAUACAGGUGAUGAUGCAUCAUUGCUCAAUCAAACAACAUUCCAUUCAUUUGUUGCUCGUGCUAGACAUGAAGCAUUGACAUCUUGUGAUUACUUCAAGUUGCACACCUCUGAUACAGAUCGUUCAAUUGAUAAUCUAUAUGAAGAGUUUCAUAUUUGCAUGACUAUGUAUGAUAGGACUAAUGUCAUUGAUGUUGUUAUUGGUGAUGAUUAUGAACAGAUACAGACCACAUCAAGUCUGGUCAAUGAACUUGACUUUAUACUUGAGACAUUGAAUGAUCGAUCGGCCAACAUACCUUUGUUUGCAAAGGAGAUAAGCCAGAAGUUGAUUGAUAACAAAGCAUUCAUUGCUAAUAUGCAGAGAAGAGUUGAUACGAAUGAUACAAACUUGAAGUACUUCAAGUCUGUAUUGCUGCAGGCAAAGAGAAGGCUUGUGAAUGGAGGUGCCGAUGAAUCAGACUCGAUCAUAUCAAACAACAACAGUAACAACAACAACAACAACAAGGAGCGAACGACCGUCAGUUCAAUCUCACUGGUAUACACUCUGUUGCCAGUGGGUGCAGCACUCAUGGCUCUAUUCAUUGCCACAAUCGUCUACUAUUGG